AAAGUUUACGUCCACCUCCCAAAUCACUGCCAAUAGGCAUUUGCCGUCCCCGUUUUUGCCUCCUCGUACCUGGGCUGAUUAGCGUUAUUAUUCCUACAACUCCCUUCUCCUACUCCUUCCGUUUUCUUCCUGAUUUCUCCUUACUGUGUGUCCUCUAUCAUAUCAUAUCAUCACCUUGCAUGGACUGUGUUUUACCCAUAAUCUGCUAAUCAACUUCUCUUGGCUUCGCGGGCAUUCUCGAUGAAUUGGUCAUUGUUGCGCACAGUGAACUGAUUGUCACAAGUUUACCCACGUCACCUCAUCCAUUCAAUUCCUUUCAUUCUUUCAUUUAUUUCCCCCUGUUUGAUACCCGGACUUUUUUAAACAACGCCACCGACGAGCAACACUAAACGUUUAUAUCUCACAUACACUUAUAACUCCGAUUUCAAUUUCCCCGCCCACACACAAACCCCCUCUUCCAAUUCAACUAUUAUUCACCUAUUUUCUCUCCGACAAAACGAUCUCGAAUGUUCAAUUUAUGUUUCCCAGUCUUUUUUUGAUCGGUUCCAAUCAUGUCAUCCACGCUAGAUUUCGAUCCAUAUGCGGUGUUAGGGGUACCGAAAGAUGCGACCUUGGCAGAUAUCAAAACCGCCCGUCGGAAACUCGCGCUCAAAUAUCAUCCGGAUAAACUCAAAGACAAAUCUGUCGGGGAUGAGUUUCAAUGCGUUCAGCGGGCUUUCGAGCUUCUCUCUGAUGAGACGGAGAGGACCAAGUAUGACCAGAAAGUUCGCAUCCAGGAACUCCGACGCGAGAUGGCGGCAACCGCGGGCGGGUCGGCAUCCUACGCUCAACGGGGGAGUACAGUCCGGGAGUAUCGGGAUGGGCGCAUCUAUGAAGAGAGAAGUCCCGCUGAUAUGUAUGAGGAUAUUCCGUAUGCGAAGGAGCCACGGUCGACAUCACGCAAGAACGAUGAGUUUGGGGGGAUGCGACAACGGACGAGAGCAUCGGAGGAAAAGAAGAAGACCAAGAGUGUUCCUCUUAGUACUCCUCGCUCAACGAAGGAUACGGCUCGCAGCGGCUCCAGAACGACCCACACGGACCGGGACAAGUACCGUACCAAGGAACGGCGACGGGAAGCUUACGACAAGUUGUAUUCGUCCUAUGGCGGGGAAGCUUCCGACUCGAGCACGGAGUCUGUUUGGGUGCGCGUGAAGCGUCCGACGACACGGCGGGAAUCAUCUUCUCGGAAGUCCAAGCCAACCGAGUCUUCGCGCCGACACGAACGGCGGUAUGAAGAUGAUUACUCUGACGGAUGGGAUAAGCAUGAAAAGCUACAUUCUACAGCCGAAAGUUACAUUCGCCGCUCCAAAGGAACGAUUCCCGCCGAGCGCGAUCCCAAACCACGCUCAUCCCGCUCCCCCCUCGGCUAUCAAGGAUACGAGUCAGCGGAUCCGGAGUCAUCCUCCUCCCGACGUGUCGGUCGUUCAAGGCGCUCGAAGGAAAGCGUACGACCCGAUACUUCCCGUCAUGGCUCAUACGAGGAUCUCGAGAGUUAUGACCAUCAAUCUCGCAGUUACGAUUCCAAAAUCCCGCCCAUGCCAAUGGCCGCCACAAGUUCAGGAAUGAAAUCCUCCUCGUCUGCCCGGCCUUCUCUCCAGCCCUCACGGUCCGCGACUGCUUCUUAUUCUCGAUCGAAGAGAGAAGGCAGUAGCCGCUCGGACCCGGUGCUUCUGGGCAUGGUGUACUCUGACCCGCCUCCUCGUACUACAAAAGUGAGAGGCGCGGAGAAGCCUGAUUCGGGGUACUCAAGUCCGGGUACUCCGGAAAUGGUACCAGGGGAGAGUCCUCCCAAGACUCGUUAUAAGGUUUUCCACGACCCUAUUGUUGACGAUCCCGAGACCAUUCUGGUAGAACCAAGUAUACCAUCACAUUCGCACCCAUCUCCGAGACACUCAAGGACAUACUUACCACCACAAGAACGUUCGACACGCGCUCCACCGAAACCAGUUCGGAGCAGUACGUACGCUUACACCCCAGAGUCGUCCAAACGCUACGAACAAGUCCGGCCAGAGGCGGCUAGACAAUCGUCGAGCAGACUGUUUGGCGAAGUCGACUACAGUUCUCGCCCGAAGGAAAAGGAUAUUAGGUAUGCCCGAGAGAUCGGACCGGACCAAAUAAAAUAUUCUUCCCGCCACCACUACGACAACUACCACAUACCAGUCGGCAGGCGACAGUCUACUUACAGUUAACCAGUCUACAAUAACGACAGCAAUAUUUUUUCCAUUCAAGAUUCGCUUUGGAUCGCAAUACUUGGCACGUUCCUUUUUUCUUGUUCUUUUUUUUUUCCCAAUUUCUCCGCGCCCAUAGACGGGCUGAGGAACC